UAGACAAACCUACACCCAAUGCUUUUAGAGUCUUGCUUCUUUUUCUGUAUCUUUCCACAUGCAAUACUGUGCCAGUUAAUUACCGUCUCAUACUCGGAUGUUUUUAAUCAAUCGAAAGAUUCCGAAUCAGUAGAGAAGAAUUUGCCGUUAUGUAUGGAAGAUUUCAAUCUAACUUUAGAAUCUGAAGACGAAAACUCCAUUGGUUUUUUCCCCCGGAUACUGCAUCCAGCUUCACAUCUUUCUUUGUUUUUCGGUUGAGUUUUUCUAGUGCAUCAGACCACCUUUGAUUUCCUCAAAAGAUUUAGAAGUUAUCUCUUAAACAUGUAUCUAGUGGAGAGCAAAGGAGGAGCUAUAGUAUGCAUGCUGUUUUCCCUGUUCUUCUUGGGUACAUGGCCAGCUAUCAUGACACUACUAGAAAGAAGAGGCAGGCUUCCUCAACACACAUACCUUGAUUAUUCAAUCACAAAUCUCUUGGCUGCUGUUAUAAUAGCUUUGACCUUUGGUGAGAUCGGCAGUGGGAGGCCAAAUUUUACGACCCAACUUUCCCAGGAUAAUUGGCCUUCUAUUAUGUUUGCAAUGGCUGGUGGGGUGGUCCUCAGCCUUGGAAAUCUAUCCACGCAGUAUGCCUGGGCUUUUGUUGGUUUAUCAGUGACAGAAGUCAUUACUUCCAGCCUAACUGUUGUUAUAGGAACAACCUUGAAUUACUUCCUGGAUGACAAAAUUAACAAGGCAGAGAUCCUUUUUCCGGGUGUUGGUUGCUUCCUAAUUGCCGUUUGUCUUGGGUCAGCUGUCCAUUCAUCUAAUGCAGCCGACAACAGAGCAAAGCUCAAGGGUUUAACAAGUGACAACAAAAAUGUAACAGAGACUGUAGGUUCUUCCGCAUAUUCGAAUGGAGCAUCUCAAAGCAAGGGUGUUAAGGAUAUGGAAAAUGGUAGUAGUACUCCAGAGAAAGCCAAAGCUGGAACAGCAGAUUUCCUCGUAGAGCUUGAGAACCGAAGAUCAAUCAAGGUGUUUGGAAGGAGCACUUUGAUUGGACUCUCUAUAACUUUCUUUGCUGGUUUUUGCUUCUCUCUGUUCUCCCCAGCUUUUAACUUAGCAACAAAUGAUCAGUGGCACACCUUGAAGAAAGGGAUUCCUAAGUUGGUUGUCUACACUGCAUUUUUCUGGUUUUCCGUCUCUUGUUUUAUUCUUGCCAUCAUUCUAAAUGUCACCUUCCUUUACCGCCCUGUAUUAAAUCUACCGAGGUCAUCACUUAAGGCUUAUCUUAAUGACUGGAAUGGUAGAGGCUGGGCAUUUUUGGCUGGCCUGCUCUGUGGAUUUGGGAAUGGUCUCCAAUUUAUGGGAGGUCAAGCUGCAGGAUAUGCAGCAGCAGAUGCUGUUCAGGCACUCCCACUUGUGAGCACAUUUUGGGGCGUACUUAUCUUUGGAGAGUACAGAAAAUCAUCGCGAAGAACAUACAUUUUGCUUGCAAAUAUGUUGUUCAUGUUUAUUGCAGCUGUUGGGAUUCUGAUGGCAUCAUCAGGACAUAGAAAAUGAGUGACCAACUGCCUGCUCAUAGUCUAGACAAAUUGUAUGGCGGAGGAUCGAAAUACUAUAAGUUUAUACUCAGUUGAUAAGAUAGGGAUUAUUCAGGAAGUGCUUUUUAAUAGUUAAAUCAAGCCCUGGAUGGGUUCUGUGGAAGAAACGAGGGAAAGUGACCUCUUGAUAAGGGCGGAAAUGUAUGGACACCAGCAUUCCUUUUUUUCCCUAAUCAGUUUCCCUUUUCCAGAAUAAUGUUAUAUUUGGUUGUUUUUUCAUAUGCAUUUUCCCCCUUUUCAGCA